AUGCAGAAUCUCUUUUCACAAAACAUUGAUAUGGGUAUCUUGAACAAGAUCAAUCAAGAUUUGAGCUUGGUGGAAACAAGAAUGGAAGGUGAUGUGUUUUCUGGAUUUGGAGAGAGAUACCAGAUGGAUGGCAAACUGCUGCAGAAUUUCCAAAAGAGCUUUGUUCAGGUUCAGGACAUUCUGGAUCAGAACCGGCUUUUGAUCAACGAGAUCAAUCAGAACCACGAGUCGAAACAAGCGGAUCACUUGGGUCGAAAUGUUGGUCUGAUAAGAGAGCUCAACAACAAUAUCAGAACAGUGGCAAGUCUCUAUGGAGAUCUCUCUCAUUCUUUCGCUAGAUCGAUAGAUGCUUCAUCAGAAGGGGAAUCUACUGGGACCUUGAAAUCUGAUGGGAAAGCCAGCCACCAAAAGAGAUUUAGAUCCGGGUGAUGUUCUUAAAGAUCCAAAAAUCUUUUGUGUUCUGUAGAUUCAGUGCUAAUUUGAGUGUGGGGUUUAAGGAAUGACUUCUUGUUGUUGUUGAACAUACAUAUUUGUGUAUUGCUUGAGGGUCUUCACAACAGUGCCGCUUCUGUAAUUUCUGUUGAAAUGAUAUCUACAAUAUGUUCAUGUCUUUGUUUCUGAGAUAAUAAAAGAAGUUCCUCUUUUGUUGACAUUUGAGAUCUCUGAAAAUCUAAGUUCUCU